GCGCCCGAGGCCCUUCCUCCCGAAGGCGGAUGCUCCCCUCGGCCGGCGGUUCCGGGUCGGCUCCCCUGACCUCGGCGUGUGCGGCCGAAGUUUCCGCCGCUUCCUCGUCCGGUUGGCGGGGGUGGAGGGGGCACGCUCGGCGGGGUCCAGGCCCGCUCGGCGCCCUCGCGCUCUUUCCGGGGUUGCUGUUUCCCCGGGCCAGCCUGUCACCGAGAGACAGAGGCGGCCGGACGCCAGACAGCGUAGAAACUGCAGCACACCGGACCGCGCUCUCCCUGAGACUGUUCAGGGACAGAGCAGAAUGGGCUGAUAUAGAUCCGGUACCGCAGAAUGAUGGCCCCAAUCCAGUGGUCCAGAUCAUUUACAGUGAAAAAUUUAGAGAUGUUUAUGAUUAUUUCCGGGCUGUUCUGCAGCGUGAUGAAAGAAGUGAACGAGCUUUUAAACUAACCAGAGAUGCUAUUGAGUUAAAUGCAGCCAAUUAUACAGUAUGGCAUUUUCGGAGAGUUCUCUUAAAGUCACUUCAAAAGGAUCUACAUGAGGAGAUGAACUACAUCACUGCAAUAAUUGAGGAACAGCCCAAAAACUAUCAAGUUUGGCACCAUAGGCGAGUUUUAGUGGAAUGGCUAAAAGAUCCUUCUCAGGAGCUUGAGUUUAUUGCUGAUAUUCUUAAUCAGGAUGCAAAGAAUUAUCAUGCCUGGCAACAUCGACAGUGGGUUAUUCAGGAAUUUAAACUUUGGGAUAAUGAGCUGCAGUAUGUAGACCAACUUCUUAAAGAGGAUGUGAGAAAUAACUCUGUCUGGAACCAAAGAUACUUCGUAAUUUCUAACACCACUGGCUAUAAUGAUCGUGCUAUAUUGGAGAGAGAAGUCCAGUACACUCUGGAAAUGAUUAAACUAGUACCACAUAAUGAAAGUGCAUGGAACUAUUUGAAAGGGAUUUUACAGGAUCGUGGUCUUUCCAAAUACCCGAAUCUGUUAAAUCAGUUACUUGAUUUACAACCAAGUCACAGUUCCCCUUACCUAAUUGCCUUUCUCGUGGAUAUCUAUGAAGACAUGCUAGAAAACCAAUGUGACAACAAGGAGGACAUUCUUAAUAAAGCAUUAGAGUUAUGUGAAAUUCUAGCUAAAGAAAAGGACACUAUAAGAAAGGAAUAUUGGAGAUAUAUUGGAAGAUCCCUUCAAAGUAAACACAGCACAGAGAGUGACCCACCAACAAAUGUACAGCAAUAACACCAUCUGGAAGAACUCGAUGGAAUGCUUUUAUUUUUUUAAGAGACUCUAAUGCAGGAGUUUAAAACUAAAGCAAUCAUUCCCUUUGCCUGUGGUGUAAAACGUGCAUUGCACAGGUAAUUGCUUUUUAACAAGAACUAAGUGUGAUGCUCCUUGGGUGCUGCUGCUAUUCAGACUAGUAAUUUGAUUCUAAAGCAAAGUAAUUUGGGGGGAGGGAGAAGAAACAGAAAGUCCCAUGAAGGAACUUCUGUAGACUUACCAACAUUUACUCUAAUCCCUUAGCAUCAGCUCCUCCCUAAAGGAACUAUGCAUCAGGAUUUGCAGCAUUAAUGAACGCAGGUAACUUGUAUGUAAUGGAUAUAAGAUAACUUAAAUUAGGGUUCAGGAAGCAGGGAAUGCAAUGUUACAUUAGAGCUGCUAUGUUACACUCACAGUAUCUUGCUAUCACUGUAACCAACUAAUGCCAAAAGAAUGAUUUUGUAAUAAAAUUAUAGAUGUAUCCUAAAACUUGA